CAGACCCUACACAUGUCCUCUCACACAACCUCCAGAUCCCCUCACCCGACAACAAUCCAAACACUACUUCAAACUGAUUCAAGUCACUCACCACCAACACAUAAUUUCACAUGCACUCCAGACAGGCCUCUUCCCCACAGGUAUGACCAGACAAGUAGCCAAACUUACACAAUUCAUUAAACCAGCACUACCCACUCAACAUACACGCACACUACUCAACCAGAACACAUCAGACUGGAUGCAACACAACAUGGACAUCCUUCUGGAACACUAUAACACACAACUUACACUACUGACUUCCACCCCUUCCCCUUUCAAUACACUGGCAUUUCAGAUUGCCAGUGGCUGGGCCAGAAAGAGGUACCAUACUCGCCUGUCACCCACUACCUUACAGACAGUUCAACGGCUUCUCAACCCUCAGUCUUCCCCCCACACAACACCAACACACACCACCCCCCCUCACCAGACUACUACCCCCACUCCUAGGGACCCCCCCACACCCACUCACUCUUCUGACCCCUCUUUUCUCACUGAAUUCCCUCCUCUUCCUGCACCCACUAGGGCCCCUACUCCCCCUCCUAAACAGGACUUGGGAGUUAUGCCACAUCCCACACUUACACUUACCACCCCAUCCAUCCCUUCACUCUCCACUUCCAUUGACUUACAGCAGGUCACUUUUACCAUCAACACACCUGACCUGACAGAUACACUCUCAGAUACUGAUGACCAUCAACACCCACCCAACACCACACACACCACUCAGAACGCACAACACCACACCAAAAAUCCCCCCACUACUCCCACACCCAUAGACACUUCUCCCAUUGACACUCUCCCGGUCUCCCCUACCCUUACACCACCCAAAAACAGACCCACCAUACAGGUUACAGCCCUUGUCACUCACACUUAUAACAGUCAACCCACAAUCACCCAACGCCCUAACACGGCCACCACUAACACCACCCAGGCUAACCACCUCAUAACACAUUUGGUUCCACAGGAUAUAACACCAUGUCUCUCUCCACCAGGUUCCACCCAAGUGGGAGGGGUAGACCCAGGACAGUCCAAACCAUCAAGGGUGAUGAUGAGCAAGGGAAACAAAAAAGCUAACCAGCUUACAAAACCCAAUGCUGAGCCCUCCACCUCCACAGGUGUAGAACUGUCUGGGGCUCCUACUCCCUCCCCCCUACCUCUACACAAACCCUCACCUACACCACACUCUACACAACCCCUGUCCCCUAGGCCCCCUCUUCUUCGGACUCCUACAGUCCCACUUCUCUCUCUCCCCCUCUUCUCUCCUACCUAUCACAAAUGGUCCAACAAUAGACUUCAGGAGUGGCACAUCAGACCUAACAAACCCAUAUUAUUCAUAGGCGAUUCCAAUCUGGCCCGUAUUCCCCCUCAUCCAUAUCCCAACAUACAGAUAGACAGCUACCCAGGUGCCACAGCCAACCACAUGAACCGUUUACUGGAGAAAACUUCCCCACAAGAAGCCGUUGAGCUGUUAGUCCUGUCGGUGGGUACUAACAACAGAGAGCACAAUGCUAAGGCCACCACCAACAAACAACUUCACAAAAUGUUUAAGUUGGCCACCAAAGUUUUCCCCAACGCCAACAUUUAUGUCCCGGUCAUCAACUUUUCCCCCUCUAUUCACCCACACUACAAGUACAAUCUCACCGAGAUUAACCGCUACAUCACCACCCACCUCCCCCACCUCCAACCACUUCCAGCAGAUCAAUUUUCCACCACACUUGAUCACAUCCACUGGACCCCAGAAGUAGCUUCCAAAAUCCUCCACUUCUGGUGCUCACAACUAAAUUUAACGUUUCACAGACCCUAAAUCAGGACACACCCUCACACACCCUGAAUCACACUUCACCUCACACUGACUCCCUCAUCCUCAACUUGUCCAAGUCCCUUAUUCUCUCCCCUGUACAAACUGCACUUCUAGAAAAAGGUCUUUCUUUUAUUCCCACACCCACCAGCCAGGACCGGGAGGGACUGCGAAGGGACAUCCAUGGUUAUCAUAGACGCUUGAAAUUACAUGAUCAUUUUAAACACAAACCCCACCGUGAGCCCGUCCCCUUCACUCUCCCCUCCACCUGGGAACCUGACUCUUCCCAGGUGGAUGGGGGACUACGUACCCUUAUUAGACAAGAUCUCCAUUCCCUGUCCACCUAUCUCUCCCGCCCUUUUGACUCCAGCCACCCCAACAUCUCCCCAGCAGAAAAAAGAGCAAUUUUCCAACUUUGCCACAACCCAAACAUCAUCAUUAAACCAGCCGACAAGGGUUCCAAAAUAGUUAUUCUAGACACUCACCAAUACCUCCUAGAAGCCAACAGGCAACUUUCCAACCCACUCCAUUACAAACCCAUCACUCAAUCCCUUCAACCCAAAGCACAAGAAAAAGUUCGCAAUCUGGUCCUCUCACUAUAUACCAAUCAUUCCAUAACCAAAAAACAAUUUGAUUUCCUGAUCGGACCAGACCAACCCAGACCCCGCGCCUUUUAUCUUCUCCCCAAAAUCCACAAGCCACCUGACUCAUGGACAAUUCCCUUCGCAGUCCCUCCUGGUAGACCUAUAGUGUCAGAUUGUAGUUCCACCACUUACAACAUUUCUUUUUUCAUAGAUCACUUUCUUAAUCCCCUCUCCACUAAACACCCCACAUACAUACAAGACACAUAUGAUUUCAUACAUAAAAUCCGGCCCAUGGCAGUUCCCAACCAUACUUACCUGUUCACCAUCGAUGUUGACAGUCUCUAUACAAACAUAGACACCAUCUCAGGCCUUCAAGCAGUACAGCA